UUCAUUAAGAUGGAUGAGAGCACGCAAUCGUUGAUGCUCUUCUUCCAUCUCCGUUGGCAUAAGUAUUUUGAAUCAAUAAUCAGGGAAGAUAGAGUAAAAGCUUUGGAUAUCCUUAACAAGGAACUAAGGGUCUUCCAACCGACAUAUCCGCAGCUUUACAAGGAGAUGACUCAAUAUCUAACUACUCCGAGGGAGGACUCUGCUUUGUCUAUUGAGAGUCAUGUGAAGUCAUUAAGGGCCAUGGCCGUGUCUGAGAUCAACAACGUGAUCAUCUCUCAUCCGCUUCUAUGUGAUAAGCUGCAAUUUCCCAAAUUUAGCAAUAAGCGAUUACUCACGCUCCUCAGCCAGAGUUUGCAGGGGGUGAAAAUGCUUGGUAUGACAGAGAAAUGAAGAUGAACUGGGGAUGUAAAGCUUCUGUCUGUGCGCGCGUGCAUGCACGCGUGAACCUAUGCAUAUGUUGCGUGUUUGCCAUGGUGGAAGAAGAAAAUAAAGAUAAAUGUAACGACUGUUGGUUCU